AUGUCUGAUACGCUUACCUUUUCCGCCGCAUCGGCUCUCAAUUUAGAGCCAAGACUGCCGCCAAACCCCUCCUCAGCUCGCACAUCAACAGAGCAACCACAGAGCCGGCCAUUUGUCACAUUAACAUUCGCGACAUCCCUCGAUUCAUCUUUAUCAUUAGCACCCGGUGUCAGAACCCGUUUAUCUGGCCCUGACUCGAAGGCCAUGACGCACUAUCUGCGCUCGCGCCACGACGCCAUCUUAGUAGGUGUAUCAACAAUGCUAGCCGACGACCCAGCGCUCAACUGCCGCAUCCAAGGAGCCAAUUCUCAACCAAGACCAAUCAUUAUUGACCCCCAUCUACGCUGGACCCCACAAGCUACGGAUAAAGUGUUACAGACAUGCAAGUUUGGGCGGGGGCUCGCUCCAUUCAUCAUCACAACUCAGCACCACGACGGCAUACCAACCGCCAGCCGAGAGGUCCUUGAAAGUCAUGGAGGGAGAUAUAUACAGAUUCCAGCGCAACCGGACAAAGCUACCUCACGGUCACGGUUUGACUGGCGGGAUAUCAUGACCGCUUUGCACGAGACCGGGCUGUCCAGUGUGAUGGUGGAAGGAGGAGCGAACAUUAUCAACUCGCUACUACAUCCCGACUACCACAGCCUCGUUGACUCUGUCAUUGUGACUAUUGCACCUACGUGGCUAGGUCAAGGCGGGGUGGUGGUUUCGCCUGAACGAGUUCAUGACGAGAAAGGAACACCAGCAGCCGCUGCACGCCUCUGCGAUGUAAGCUGGAUUCCAUUUGGAGAAGAUGUAGUGCUCUGCGGCAAGUUGCAAACCUCUUGA